UUCACUACCAAUCAUCCUCGUCAAAUAUCUUGUAUGGAUAUGACAUACCAUACAAAUAAUUAGUGCAAAAAUCAUGCGUAUAAACUAACGACUUAGUAUUCAUCCAUAUCUUAAUCCCGUGUUUGAAGGCUGCCGUCUCAAGGUAUAUACCUAUGUACCUAGUAUUCAAUGAAUUCAGUCAAAUUAUCAAUCCCGACGCCUCAAACUCUCACCGAGCCGACUCACUUAAUCAAGACAUGAUUACACGCCUGAGGAGAAAUAGUCUGCAUUGAAUAUGGUCCAAUAUGCAGAAAUCAAACUUACGCCGGCUCUCAACGCCUACUCAACCGCUGUCACGCCAACCAUCUAACCUAUAUAGAUCACAUCCCGAUGGAUACUCACAACGAUUUGCGCCCCUUCCAGCAACUCAUGGUUAUCAUCCGCAGACAAUAUGGGUUCCGGACUACCGCCCACCACCAGGAGGUCCUCGUGCUGUACCUAUGCGGAUGCAGCGUCUCACUAUGAACCAGACUGAUACGCGUCCUAUGCCUAUUCCCUCGAUGCAGCUCGCAUCAGACCGGCCAUAUUCGGUUCCUAAUUAUCACAGUAGUCGUACAUCAAAGGGCGAUGAUGACAGCUUCGCUCGUCCACCAAGACCUGCCUCCACGUCAGAGGUAGACGACAUUGACAAAUUGGUUCCACGCCGUCAACUCCCGUUCCUAAAUCGCAGCCCUGCCCAAGGUGUUGAAAAUGGUUCCCUGGCCACACACGGAAGUAACCCAGGCGACCCAGGAUCUCGCUCCGGAAUACCAAAAACUACACGUCGGGUUGCCAAGCGUGGUUCUAAAAUUUCAACAUCUGAUGACAACGCGGGAAAUGGUAGUCAUUCCGAAUUCGAUUUAGCUCCUGAGCAAGGCUCAAGCCGCCUAACAGGAAGUCAGAAACGUGGGAAUGAUCAUACCACAGAGGAGCCUAAUACCUCGAAGAGGAUCAAAAUCAAUGUGAUCCGAGGUCAAUCCCAAACCCCCACCGUCCCAGAGAUUUCUAAUCAGACAUACCCAAAUACUCGUCUACGGGCCCAACUCGGUAGGAACAACUACGAAACGGAUGUUACCAUUGAAAAGAAAACCAGCCAGAACAUCGAAGUCGAUGAUGAUGAGACUCAAGGCUCGGAAAGCGAAGAUGAUGCUACUGGAACCAUACUAACAUCGAAGAGAUUAGGGCAAGUCGGAGUAGGUGAAUUGGACCCGUACGAUAUUAUGGAUAGGGGUAGCCCGCUUGAAGUUUCUCAAGAUGCCAGAGGAUCUAGCAAGAAGCGAGCACCCAUCAAUAUCGAGGAGACUGACACCCCAAAUGAUGUUCUCAGCAGCUCUAGUGCAACACACCGAGAACCAAAUACCAACAGCCAGCGUGGACGAUAUGCCAACGCCUCCUCUCAGUAUGACAUGCCAUCUGAAGAAGCGUCCAGAGCAAAACAUGUAAAACCGGAGAGCAAAGCCACGGAAUAUCACCAAUCCGCUUCGACUAUCGGAAAUGCCCCCAGCACUCAGGACGGAAGAGAAGGUAAAGUCACCGAAGAGACCCUAGACGUCCGCCUCUCGAGAAUCGAGAAAGCCAUCCGCGUCCAAGAAGAAGAGGGAAUAUCCGAAUUCAUCGAGGCAAAGCUUAGUACGGGAGAUCUGAACACUCUAGGGACCCUUACGAACGAGAUAUUGCUAGCACUGGUCGUGCCUGACGAUGAACUUCUAGAGCAGGUGAUUAAGAUCAUGUAAGUGAAUUGAAAGUGUAGGAUGAGUUUGGCAUCUGGGAGCAUUAUCUGUGGAUUAUGCCCUACUGUCUAUCAUUGUCUUUGAGAAUUAUCAAAAACAUUUGCUUUUCAGCUAUAGCUAGAUAGAUAUUUAGGUAGACAAUACGAUCUUAGUCUUUCCCUCUAUUA